CAAAUUCUCAACUAAUGUUAAUCAGCACUGAAGUUUAUGAGCUGGUGUUUUACACAAACUGGAGGUGUGUUCCUGUAAUCCUCAACAAAUUCCAAGUUUCAGGGCCUGAUGCUAGCACUCCUUUGUUGUUAACAGGUAUGUGCUGUUUGUAUGUUCUUCCAUACCUUCGUUAUCUGUCCUGCAUUAAAGGCGUGGGCAUAGUUCUCUGUGCUCUGCUUCCAUUCUUGGCAUAAGGUGAAUGCCAUGGAAUUGAGAUAGAACAGUCACCCUGAGUUGUUUUUUGUUUUAUUUUGUUCAGAGACAUAGAGAUACUUUAUAAAUAUUUGGUAAUCCUCAAAAUCAUCCUAACAAAUGUAGAAAAUCUAUUCAUCAUUCUUUGGAAUUGGGCACCUCAUAAAGCAGAGUGCAGUUGUCACUUCAACACUGCACAGAGACUGCAGAGCGGUUUCAUAAAGGAUGUUGAAAAAUAACGUAAGUAUUUGAAACUGCUAGAAGGUUUAUUUUGGCACAACAAAACCAGUUGAUUUGGAAUAUGACCAGGACAUUUGGUUAACACCCUGCUUUAAACCAGAAAGAGUCUGAUUUUACAACUGAUUGAGGGAAACUCACCUAAGCAAGGAACUAUUUGCCUGGGUUGACUGGUUUCCUUUUCUACCAUUGUAAAUCUGGACUCCUUUACAGCUCAUGUCCUCUGGUGGCAAGACCAGCUCUCAUCUUAAAACCCUCUGUGUGGGUCAGGCAGGCAGCUUGAUCCAUAAAUCCAUCUCCCUCCCUAACAGGUAAUCAUCUUUGAAAACAAAUUACCAGCAGACGCCAAUAAGUGCAUCAAGAAAGCAGACACAGAAAUUUAGUGCUGUGAAGCAUCCUACCUGUUCAAGCAGCAUUUGGACUCAAACAGUGGUUAUGAGCUAGAAGGUGAACAUAUUAGUAAUUACAUUCGUGCGUCAAGAGGGUUGUAGAUCACAUGUAUGCAUUUCCUGGAAGGCUGAACUCUCUUCAGAACAGCUACAAAUGCUUAAACAUGAAGAGCAAAACGUAUCAAAAGCAACAGUACUGCUACGGAUACUGAAAGGCCUUGGUGAAAAGCCCUUUUAAAUAAGAGCUUGAAAAGUUCAGAGUGGAAUUUCAUCUUUAAUUUGGAAAGGCAUUAGGCUCUCUCUGUUAGUAUCACCCUUGCCUUGCUGUUGUUUAACACUGACCUGGGGUUUUUGCAGCAUGCUGGUGUUUUUGCGUGCUCAAGUAGUUGGGCAACAUUCUGCUCCAUUCCGUAUUCAUAAAUCCCAUUACAGAUGCAGACAGUGAUGUGUGGAGACCCACCAAUAGUUUUCAGAUUGUGCCUUGUGAGCAACACGGUUUCUUCCUGAUAUUUCACAGAAUGAACAUUUUGAGAAGAAAACAGUGGAGUUUGGGACACUGUAAAGGAGAUAUCUGCAACUUUGUGUAGGUCUGUCUCUUACAGAAUAAUCUACAAGAUUAAGUGCUUGUGAACAGCUUAAUUACAGAGUUGAUGAUAUAGAGUUUCCCUUUCUGUGGGAGCUCUUCUGACCCAUACACCUGUGUCCUCAUUACCUGAACAAAAUGUCCAGAGGGAAAAAUAGUUGUCAAAGUUGAAAUGAAGUAAUCUGUGGGACAGGCUUCCUCACUGUUUUUUCACAGCAACAGAAAAGAUGAAACAGAAGAUGUGGAGAAAUCUUGUUCCCAGGUAUCUGGUAUCUUCCAUUACUUGCUUCCUUUGUCUCACACCCAUUGGAUUUCCUGGAGGCAUGGAAUGGAACCUAAACAGAAAUAAUGACACUAAGGCUAUUGAAGGAUGGCUGUUCAGCCAGCAGCAGCCCAAACUGCAGGUCUGCAACAUCCCAAGCCUGGAGGUGAGAAUAUGACUGCCGCAGAAAUGAAGAGAAAACAGGGGAAUGAUGAGCUGCCAUGUCUUAAUAUUUAUGCUCUGUGGAAAGAGUGCCUUUAUAAAAAGGUACAGCAGAGGUGUCUGAGUCUGCAGGACACAAAAGUGAAGAUGGUUCGUGAGCAAAAGGUAAAAGAAGAAAAGGUAAAUAAGAGAGAACCCUGUGACUUGCUGUCCAGAGAGUGGUUCAAUAAUGAGAAGGUGUCACUAGACACUCGUAUCUAUCUGCUUGAAAAACUCCUACCUACAUUAAUCCCAGGAAUUGAAAAACUGUUAAUGGAAGUGGAAAGAAAGAACGUGCUUGCAGCGGAAGAGCCAACCCAGUUCAAUCCCUUUAUCUUCCUUGGUGAAUAUCUGAUGAGACAUAACCCCCGGUAUGGCAUUCCUGCAAAACCAGGCCCAUACCUGAGAGGAUUGAAGGUGGUCACAGAGGAGCUAAAAUCUGAGAUGGCUGGUACAGCAUCGGAGAGGCUGGCCAGGAUGAAGGCUGAGGCAAAGGUCAAACGUAAGGAGAGGGAGGAAUUAGAAAAUAUGAAGUCUCAGGUGAAACUGAUGAGAAAGGAGGCACUGGCAAUUCAGUUCGAAGAGUGGACAGUGGACGUCAGUGGCAGAAUACCAAUUGCACUGGUUCAGAGUGCCCUGAGGACUUUUGCAGAUGUCAUUGCUUCUACAGCCACAGAUGUGAGAAAAAUCUGUGACAGGAAGCUGGAAAUCGUAGACACUUUGGAGAAAAAAGUAAACAUAGAUGAAUUCACAGAGUAUGUCCAUUCCUACACUGAACAUUUUCCAGAUGCCGUGUUCCAAGAAAUGCUGAAGCAUCUCUGUCGGUGUGCUGAUGACUUCAGAGAAGCAGUAAGACAUGAUAUGUGGAGGCAAAUGUUUACUUUUCUCUUCAUAGAUUGUGAUUACGCAAAGGUUGGUCUUUUGAACAGACCAAAAAUACUUGCUCUGUUGACAGACUUCUACAAAAGAAGCCCAGUGAGUGCUCAGGGGGGAUUCUGUAACCCAAGACAGUGGCCAAUAAUAGAGCUGCAAGAGAUUAAGCCUGCACAUUUAUGGGGAGGCUUUGAUGACCAGGAGGUUUGUGAGGAACUCAGUGAAAAGUUAGUCUUGUCUCAAACUGAGAGAGAGAUUUUAGCUGGACCUGUAGCUGACGAUAGACAAGGCAGCAAUGUAGUGGAAACUAGUGUCACAGAAGGUCUUUCUGAACAAAAGGGCAUGAGUGAAGCUGAGACUGGAGGAAUUCCUAAGGGAGAAAACCAAGCAGCAGAAUCAAAUGAUGCUGAAGUGAGAGAGGAAGGUGAGGAUGCUGUGUCAGAGCUGGAAAGCAUUGGUUUGGAAGUUAGAGACUUGGAUGGAGAUACCGUAGUUAGUGGGAAAUCCAGUUUCCAUGAAGACAUACAAACUGAGGAGCAAACUGAGUCUGUAAGUGCAUUCAGUCAGGAGGAAGUUCUCCCUGAAUCAGCUUCCACUGAAUACAGUCUCAGUAGAGAUGGAGAACCUGGAUCUGAAAAUCAGGUGGAGGAAGAGGAAUUUAGCCUGGAAAGACAGCCUGAUACAGAAAAAAAUGGGGAAGUAGAUUAUCCUGUCUCAGACAGAGAGCCUGGCUCAGAAGGGCAAGUCGGUCAGGAAGAGGAGAACUGGACUGCAGAGACAACCAACACAACUUCAGAGCCAACACCUGAAGCUACAGCCAUGACCUCAGAAGACAGAGCUCUGGCAGACACAGAUGUCAUUGAUUCAAAAGAGGAUGCUCCAGUUGCAGAGGUUGUGAAAGAAACCCCUGCAAGAAAAGAGAGUGUUUCUGAGCAGCAUGGCAGCCAGAUUGGCCAACAGGCAAGGCUGCAGGAUGGGAACCUUCUCCAAGACCAGGGUGAAGGUCCAGCACCCACAGACAGACAGGAUUCUCUAGCUGAAGAUAGCCAGGAGGUUAAAGUGCCAUGGUCAGGUGACUUUCUGACUCGUGACCUAAGUUCCAGGUUUAGCAGCUGUGGAGAGAGAAUUCCAGAGGACUGGAAGUGUGAGGACACUAGAUUUGCAGACUUACAUCCCAUCAUGGCAGAGAUUCAGAACCAUUGGGCUUCUCGUACUAGGAGUGCCUUUGAUGAAAGCAGCCUCAACCUGCCACAGUUUGUACAGCUCAUGGAGACAUUUGUUGGUGAAGAGGUUUCUCUGCCUGCUGUGAAGAGGCUUAUUGCCUUCAUCAAAAGAGAAUACAAACAGACAGAAGAAGAAAAAAGGAAACAACUAGAAAAAGUUCACCACAGCUCUCGCCUGGCCCAGCGGAACCUGCUUUUGGAGGCACUGUUUGAAAAGUGGGACAACACUGCAUCUGGGUUUCUGGACCUGGAGGAGGUGGAGGCUGUUCUGAGCACCUUCAAGGAAGGGACGGAAAAAGAGACCUUGAGGAAGGCAAAGAAACACCUUUGCUCCCGUUACCCACAGCUCAGCAGAGUGGGGAAGCUAUCCCCAAAGGCAUUCCAGACUUUCCUUGAGUUACUUGCUUCCGAGCUCAGUGGCAAUGAGGAUGAAGCUAUUGAUAACUUGGUGGAAUUUCUGAACACAAGUGUGGAACAAAGUCACACGGAGUUCUUGCAAAGCUCAGCCAGGAGGAAGUGGCUGCACAAUAUCCAGCAGGCAGCAGAGACCAGCGGAGGAAGCAUAGAGCCGGUUUACAAAGCAGUGUUUAAGGCUCUCUCCCAGGAUGCAGAAGCCCAUGGGGAUAACAAGAAGAUCAGUGCGUAUAUUGCCCUUUUGGAAGAGAACCAGCUCACACCAGAGGAGGACCAGAUUCUCCUACACUAUGUGGCGUGUACCGCUGAUGAUGCUCCAUAUGUUCUAAACCAAACUCUUCAGAGAGACAUGAAAGGAGUAAGCUUUGCAGCUGUUGAAGAAGGAAAGCCAAUCCAUGUUCCAAGAGUUCAGCUGCAUGCAAAUAUCCACUUCUGGAACCAUGACCGCCCAGUGGAGGAGAGAAAAGGUUCUUUCCUGGUACUGCCAUUGCACGACGCUCACUGGAGAGUCUUUGGCAUUCUAGGACUUGACACGCUUCGGGACCAGUGUGAGACAGCCAUCUUUCUGACCCAUGAGAUCAGUUUCUAUCAGGGAGUUUCUUAUGCAUUCAGCAAAGCCUACCACCACAUCUGCACACUGGAAAAUGUUCUACAAAUGACUGGUACUGCUCUGGACUGGCUGUAUACCAGGGCACCCAGCAUCCACACUGUUACUAUGUACCUGGUGGAGCCCAGCAAAGACAAGGCACAGAACUACACUUUGCGCAAGAUGAUUUCUAUAGAUAACACAGGACAAAAGGAAAUUCAUAGCUCUCCUGUUCUCCUCAGAAAAGAAAAUCUCGUAAGAGAUUACCUGUAUAAGUGCAUAGACAGUUCAGGAGUCAUUCACACUUCUGUCUACAGAGAAUACCACAUUGCAGUACCUCUCCGUGAUCUAUCGGGACAGGCUCUUGGCCUGUUUGACAUCAACAUUGGACACAACCAGAAAUUACCACAUCAUGAACACAAAGACCUGCAGAAAAUGCUAAAGAUAUCACAAGCUGCCUUCUCUGAGAUACUGAAGACGGCUUUAGAGGAAACAGAACCAACCUAUGUACUGGAGCCAGAACACGAAGCAAAUUUGAGGCAUGCAGGGAUUCUGUUCCACUGGUGCAUGCUGCAGGACCUGCGCAAGUGUGUCUGGAAACUCAGUGCGGAGAGCUUUGGUGACAUAAAGAGCUAUGUAGAACCACCAGCUCUGGUCCAUAGCAUAGUUAAGGCUGUGCUCUUGCUUUUCCAUCCAGACUGGAAGGGCUCAGAGGAGACUGAGAACUGGAGUCAGUGUAAACUGAAACUUGAUGACAGUUUGAUUCAGGAGAUUUAUUGCUUUGAUCCGACUGCUGCAUCUGUGCAAAUUCAAGCAGAGCUGCUGCUGGACUGCAUCGCUGGUGUAUCUCGAGCAGCAGUGUGGGAGCAAGGCUCAGCUCCCAUAGAGUACCUGUAUCACUGGGUACACACCUGCCUGGUGCUGGCAGGGAGCCCAAGGAGUUUAUACAGCAAAAAGAAAACAUUUUUAGCCCCUUCUGGCAUCGAGUUCCAAUGCACCACCAAGUAAACCUCUUUAAUUCCUCACCUCACCUUAGUCAUUCUGGUAUUUGACAUCCUUUAUUAAACUAAAUGUUAAGGUUCUUACAUUGUUUGUUACCCAUAGCCACCAAGUCUUUGUUGUUAAGAUGGUGGGAAGUCUGUUAGUUAUUAGAAAAAGCUAUAAACACGUUGAAGGAAACAGUUUUGCUAGUAUAGCUACUUACUUUAAAACCUAGAUUAAAGAGUUUUUGUUGAA